UUUUCACCUUCUACGUAAUUGGAGUUAACAGUUCUACCUGAGCUCCACUAGAUGGCAGCACAUUACAUAUAAAGUAUGUGAAUGUGCGAAUUAUUUUCUAAAAACUGGAGGAACCUGAACUACAAAUCCCAACAUGCAUUAGGCACCUGACCUGAUUUGGAACAAAGGUCUUAAGUUUGUUGCCCGCGCAGUGAUCUGGAGGACGCCAUCAACUUGCUGAAAUAAAAUUAAACCACAGGUUCCAUUAUGGGUCGACUUGAUGGGAAGGUCAUCGUCCUGACAGCAGCUGCUCAGGGGAUUGGCCGGGCAGCUACCUUAGCUUUUGCAAGAGAAGGUGCCAGAGUCAUAGCCACAGAUAUCAAUGAGUUCAAACUUCAGGAACUGGAAAAGUACCCAGGUGUUCAGACUCGGGUCCUUGAUGUCACAAAGAAGAAACAAAUUGAUCAGUUCGCCAAUGACAUUGAGAGACUUGAUGUUCUCUUCAAUGUUGCUGGUUUCGUCCAUCAUGGAACCAUCCUGGACUGUGGGGAGAGAGACUGGGACUUCUCAAUGAAUCUCAACGUCCGCAGCAUGUACCUGAUGAUCAAGGCCUUUCUUCCUAAAAUGCUUGCUCAGAAAUCUGGCAACAUUAUCAACAUGUCCUCUGUGGCAUCGAGCAUCAAAGGAGUUGUGAACAGGUGUGUGUACAGCACAACCAAGGCAGCUGUGAUUGGUCUCACAAAGUCUGUUGCUGCAGACUUCAUCCAGCAGGGUAUCCGGUGCAACUGUGUGUGUCCAGGAACGGUUGAUACCCCAUCUCUGCAGGAAAGAAUACAAGCCAGACCAAAUCCUGAAGAGGUACUGAGCGAUUUCCUAAAGAGACAGAAAACAGGAAGAUUUGCAACUGCAGAAGAAAUAGCCCUGCUCUGCGUGUACCUGGCCUCUGAUGAAUCUGCCUAUGUAACAGGUAAUCCUAUUAUCAUUGAUGGAGGCUGGAGCUUGUGAUUUCAGGAUCUCCUUGCUGGGAAGGCAGGCCGUUCCUGUCUACAGUGAACCUGCUUAUGAAGAAAACUCACCCAUCCUCUCUUUCCUAUUAAUGGCAUAUUAAUGAAAAUAAGACCUUUUUGAUGAUGUCA